AUGCAAGCACCUGUGAUGGGUCGAGCCAAAGUACCGUUUAACAAAAAGAUCAAAAUUAAAGCAUUAUUGGAAUUUGGGAUAACUCAACGUCGUAUUGCUACUACUCUUGGUGUUUCAAAAAAAUGUGUUUACAACGUCUCAAAGAAGCUCAAGGAAAAUUUGCCUCUGUUAAAUGCACCUGGUCAAGAUCGUAAAAAAGCACCAACACCAAUUAAUGAUCGAAAUUUACUACGAUUAUGCAAGAAAGAUCGAACCAAAUCGAGUCAAAUGUUAUCAUCUGAACUGAUACUGUCAAAUGGUGAACAUUUGAGUGCCCGAACCGUUCGUCGUCGGUUGCUAGACAUGGGCUACAAAAGUUAUCAAGCAAAAAAGAAACCAUUAAGAACACCUGCUCACAAGAAACAACGACUUUUGUUUGCACAUGAACAUCAAUAUUGGUCUCAUGAAUGGAAUAACAUUAUUUGGAGUGACGAGGCACACUUUGAAGUGCUAAACAGAAAAAAUCGUACAUUCGUUCGUGGUCUACCAUCAGAAGCUGAUCAACCCUUCAGUUUUAUUCCAAAGGUGCAAGGCGGUCGAGGUUGUAUCAGCGUCUGGGGAUGUACGGCAGGUGGUACUAGAGGUCCAUUAGUCAUGUAUUCUGGCAAGGUUGAUGGAUGCGCAUAUGUUAAGAUCAUCGAAGAAGCCUUAACAUCGUUUAUUGAAAACACAUUCGACUCAUUCAACAAAAAUUGGGUGUUCAUGCAUGACAAUGCACCACCACAUCGAUCUAAUUAUACCAUGAAAUGGCUUCAAGAUAAAGGUAUUAAAGUUAUCAAAAUGGCCAGCGAUGCCGCCCGAUCUUAA